AAUGAUUUUUUUUUUUUUUUCUUCCUCUAUCCGUUUUUUUUUUUAACUUUGAAAAAUAUCUAGAAACUUGAUAACGUUCACAUCAUCUCACAUGUAUUCUCUCCUUCAAUGUCUACACCUCUUCAAACCAAGUACACUCUAUCUCCCAUCACAAACAACAUCCCAAGAACAAGAAGCCACCGUCCAUGGCUUCUCCAUAUACGUGUCACCUGCUUGCUUACCCCCACCACCAACUCUCAGCCUACCCAUGAGACGAAGCUUGUUGUUAAACAACGUCUUGUGAAUCCUGCUCUCUCAACCGAUCCCAAUCUACAAUCCACAUGGACUCACCGGCUAUGGGUUGCAGCUGGCUGCACUACCGUGUUUGCCUCUUUUGCCAAAUCCAUCAUUGGAGCGUUUGGUUCUAAUCUCUGGUUCGAACCAGCUUUAGCCGGUUUUGCCGGGUACAUCAUAGCAGAUCUAGGCUCUGGUGUGUACCACUGGGCCACAGAUAACUACGGUGACUCCUCAACGCCUCUAGUAGGAACCCAUAUCGAAGAUUCUCAAGAUCACCACAAGUGGCCUUGGACAAUCACCAAACGGCAAUUUGCAAACAACCUAUAUCUCCUGGCUCGAGGCACAACCUUGACAGUUCUCCCAAUAGAUCUUGCAUUUGAUGACCCUGUGUUUCAUGGCUUUGUAAGCACGUUUGCGUUUUGCGUAUUGUUUUGUCAGUUGUUCCAUGCUUGGGCUCAUGGAACCAAGAGCAAGCUUCCACCUCUUGUGGUGUGGUUGCAAGACAUUGGGCUGCUCGUUUCACGGACACGUCACGUGAAUCAUCACCGAGCACCGUAUAACAACAAUUACUGCGUGGUGAGUGGGGUGUGGAACAAGGUUUUGGAUGAAAGCAAUGUCUUUGAGGCAAUGGAGAUGGUGUUGUUUCUCCAACUUGGGGUGAGACCGAGGUCAUGGACCGAGCCAAACUCUGUAUGGACGGAAGAAACAGAGUUUAAUAGAUAAGAUAUUGAGUCUCAUCACUUAUGGGCAUACUCUCUUUACAUUAUUGCUUUUACCUGACAUUUUUGGAAGCAAAAGUUUUGUUUGUUUGUUUAGUUGUGUGGACCUAUCGACUCAAGAUUCUUUUUUUACUUUCAUAUUUCUUAAAAUUGUUGGAAAAAAAUAAAAUAAAUAAAGAUAUGUUAUAGUAUAAUGUAAUGGGAUUAUAGCCAAAACCAUGUUGAUGUAAAAUUGUUCUCA